AUGGCUGAUUUACGCAGCGUACGCAUUACACAAGCGCUUCCAUUUACAUAUACUGGCUGCGACUAUGCAGGUCCAAUACUUCUGAAGGAUGCAAAGGUUCGGAAGCCACGUAUCAGCAAGGGCUACAUAUGCCCAUUUGUUGGCAUGGUCACCUCGGCCAUCCACCUGGAACUUGCCACAGAUUUGACGACAGAAACCUUCUUGGCUGCCUUGCGGCGCUUUAUAUCGGUACGUGGCAAGUGCAGUAAGAUCUACAGUGACAAUGGCACAAACUUUAUUGGAGCUAAGCGAUCCCUCGACGAGAUGCAAGAAUUGCUUUCUUCACAGACACACAAGAACACCGUGUCUAGCACACUAGCGGAUGAUGAUGCGCACACUUCUUGCGCAGUGAUAAAUUCACGCCCCUUUUGCUACACACCGGAUACGGAAACCAACUACCUAUCACCCGCUCACUUCUUAAUUGGGCGACCAUUGACAACAGUGCCAGAUCCCGAUUUGAGUCAUAUCCCAGUGGGCCGAUUAGGAUAUUGGCAAAGCAUCCAGUCUAUGCUUCAAGGAUUCUGGAGAAAAUGGCAUCAGGAGUAUCUGACUACUCUGCAGCAACGUCCAAAAUGGACUACUUCAACACCCAACAUCUCGUAA